AGUUUCGCUCACAAACCGGCGAGGCCACUGCCUUUGGAAAGCAAGCUAGCAUUCAUUUCAUACAAGGGAGUGACUGUUUGCAGUUCUCCGUGGCAAAUGGGCGGUGCCUGCGAACAGAGAGGUAACUGGAGGUGUGUUUAAUAGGUGAGUGUGUGUCAACGGGGACUGCCUCAUGUGCGAGUGGCAGAGAGCGAACACUGCGGCUGUGGGACGGGUAAAGGAGCUAGUUCGCAGCGAUCGACCGGUUAAGGAAACAUGGAGGACUGCAUCGUGUGGAGUUAAGAGAGAGAGAUAGAGAGAGAGAUAAGUCCCAGCAUGCCGAGCAGCAGCCCUAUCUGGGUGGAGGCUGAGGCCCCGCAGCCUCUGAUCUUUUGCAAGUUGUGCCUUAGUGAGUGCUCCCCGGCAGCGACUAGCAGACUGCUCACCUGCAACUGCGUCUUCUGCACCUCGUGUCUGCAGCAGUAUGUGCAGCUGGCGAUUCGGGAAGGUGGGGGUGCCCCGAUCACCUGUCCCGACAUGACCUGUCUGAAGACGGGGGCCCUGCUUGACUCUGAGAUUGCCAGUUUCGCCCCGGAGGAUCAGGCGCAGCUCUACCAGCGGCUGAAAUUUGAAAGAGGCGUGCAGCUGGACCCCGGUAAGACCUGGUGCCCGGUGCUGGAGUGCCAGGCCGUGUGCAGCGUGACGCCCGGCGCGGAGAGCCAGCCGGCGUCGGUGGCGUGCCCAGCCUGCGGCGCCGUCUUCUGCUCGCUGUGCCGGGUCGACUGGCGCGACAAGCACGUCUGCUCCGAGCGGCAGCCCCUGACGAUGGCGUCCUCACGGGACAGUGUGAAAGAGGGCUGUGAGGCGGACGCCAUGGUGAAGCAGUGCCCCAUGUGCGCCGUCUACAUCGAGCGGGACCAGGGCUGCGCACAAAUGCUGUGCAAGAGCUGCAAGCACACCUUCUGCUGGUACUGCCUCCAGAACCUGGACGGAGACAUAUUCCUGAGGCAUUACGACAGAGGGCCGUGCCGAAACAAGCUGGGCCACUCCCGUGCCUCCGUCAUGUGGAACCGAACCCAGGUGGUGGGUAUCCUGGUUGGGGUGAGCAUCAUCGUGCUGGUGUCCUCCCCUCUCUUACUGCUGGCCUCCCCUUGCAUCCUGUGCGUCGUCUGCAAGCCCUGCAAGGGCAAGAAGAAGACGAAGAAGAGGGAGAUCGGCCAAUCGGAUUCCACUGUAUAACCAGAGUAUUACGUACGCCAUCAGCCGCCGCUACCCGCCGUCACCAGUGUGCCGAAGGCCUUCGCCGAUCUGAACCCGACCGGCCUCGCUAGGCUCAGACACCCCCCUUCCGACUGCACCUGGUGUUCCGUGGAAUCGUUUCGCCUUUCGUUUCAUUAUGCAAGAAUGAUGCCGGCUGUUGACCGUGAACUAUGUUCCAAAUGAAUGCAACACGUGAUUUCGCAGGAGGUGAUUGCGCAAAAGAAAAAAAAAAGUUAGGUAAUGAUUGAGAUUAAGGGCUUUAACCAUUGUGCGUAAAAAAAUCAUUCCUGCCAAGACUUCUUGUUUUCCAUUGUGUUUUCUGUGUAGACCAAAGGAUGUGAUGGACUCUGAGGGCUGUAAGAUGUAAAUAUGUAUUUAUGAACACGUACGCUGUCUUUUGCCGUUUAUACUUUUCUGUUGAACAGGUUUUGGUUUAUGCAUCAGAUAUUUUCUAACAGUAAAUGAUGUCUGAAAUAAAUAUCAGAUGCGGAAA